GCAGGUGGCACUGCUGCACCGCCAGCUCGCCCAGAUGCUGGGCGUGUCGAGCAUGAGGGAGGGCCUGCCCAGCCUCCCGCCGAGGGUGACGUGCAGGCAGAUCCUGUUCGGGCAGCGCGACCAGCGCUUCCUGGCGGCAAGGGCGGGCCAGCUGCAGGCCUACUUCGGGGCCCUGCUGCGCCACAUCCCCUACGUGGACCAGUGCGAGGCUCUGCACGAGUUCCUAUGCAGCCCCGACGUGGCGAGCAUGGGCUACGAGGCGCUCCUGGACCUGGCCGAGGCCGUGGGCGACGCGCCCACCAGCGACCCACCUGUCACGAGGAGCGAGAUCGAGGCCCUGCCGCUCCGCGGGCAGGGGGCGCAGCCCUCGGCCAGCGCGGCGUCCGCCGCCUCGUGGUGCCCGAUCUGCCAGGAGGAGCUGGAGGCAGACGGCGACAUACGGGUAUUGCCUUGUGGCCACGAGUACCACUUCGGGUGCAUCUCCCAGUGGGUCCAGCUCAAGAACCGCUGCUGCGUGUGCCAGGGCAUGGCGGUGAUUCCGUCCCCUUCGGCCCAGUCGGUGGACAAGUGACGCCAGCCAUUGGUGAGGCACGUGUUCUGCUCGGUCCGCAGGCCUGCGCACGGGCGUGUUCAGCCCUCUCUCCUCUGUGUACAUAGUCCGUGUGCCCAGGCUUCUGCACUUUUUUGUCAGCGGCCGGCGGAGAGACUCCGAGGCGGACUGGCGUCAGUUCCAGGCUUCUGCACAAGCAUGUGCACACAGCCCUGUCCAGCUAUACGAAGUGCACAUGGGGCGAGAUGUGGGAUUCCUGAUAAGAUCUCAGCUGGCCGCGAGCCGAGGUAGGUGGAGGACACUCUACGCCACCCCUACGAAGCUGUCCAGCUGAGAGCGCGUUUCUUGACUCAAUGCGUUCUUUAACCCUGUGCUGGGCUGUAGUAACGCGCCUGUACUUGCUUGCAGACAUGCUCGUGCGCACAUCUACGCUUGUGCGGGCGGCGUGCGCAGACACAGGCGUAGACGCCGCCGAUGACCCUGAGGCUAAACACAAUGUGCGUGUGCGUGAGCGCUUACUUUUAGAACCACCUCCCCGUCCCCGUCCUCUUCAAUAUUCUCCCUCCUGAACGUCCACCCUUCUUGGGAGUUCUGUGUAUCAGCGAUGGCUCAAUCUUCGGUGCUCCACGACUGAUCGGCAGCGGAACCAUGGGCAUCGUUGCUGUCCUCCUUUCCUAGG